AUUUGACAUUAAGCCAACUUGUACUAAAAGCAUUGUCAAACAAUAAAUGCAAUUUCAUUGUGAAUAGACCAUUUUGAGGUUAGGUUUUUGAAGUUGUUGUCAAUCAUACAACUAACUAGUUGCAUCAGUUUAUCUGUGGCGUAUUUGUGCAAGCAAGCAAAAUGAUGGAAUUUGGUGAAUUGGUUGGGCCUGAUACGCGUGCUUUUUGGGGAAAUUAUGAUGAAUUUGAUGAAGAAAACGGCCAAUUAGAGCCGAACAAUUUUUCAUGGAAGUGGAUGGAUGAGGAUUCAUCGGGUGCGGAAAAUAUUGUGUCAUUCAAGAACUUGUUCAUCGUUGAAGGUCAAGGUAUUUUUGAUUUUGUACAAACGACAAUCUUGAAAAAAAUAAGUCCAUUGUGUCAAAUUGAUGGUCACAAAACAUCCGUAUACCGAUUGUCGAACGGCGAUUACAUUUGCGUCUCCGAAGAUAAUGAUUUGGAUCAGUCGGCAAAGAUGGCUGAACUCUUAGUGCCAUGGUUGAAACGGGCUGAGCAAACAUAUGUGUUCCCAUUCAAAUCAGCAUAUACUUACAACACACAACAGGAGUUUGAUAAACGCUGUUUUAUUCGCACCAUUUCCAACAACAACACAACUACAGAAAAUGAAAAUGAAUUCGCGUCGAUGGAAGACUGCAACAUUGUUUAUGGCCUUUCGGCUGGAGUAUCAACUUGGCGACACAUCAACAAAUUGCCUUUCACGUGUUACACAAUUUAUAUGGACUGUCAGCAGGUUGACCCGUUCGUGGCUUCAGUGGCGCUAAAACUAUUCCAUCGAUUGGGUUUAGACUGUGAUGCUAGCUAUGUGCUAAAAACAGUUAACAAAUCUAAUUUGUACUUGUGAUGAUCAAAUAAAUCCAUCUUGUUUAUCAGCUUGAAAAUCGAUUUGUUUUUGUGACAAUUUCAUAUUCGGUCAAACAACCCAAUUCAAUCGCACUUUGGACGUUUUGAUUCGAAGAAUUCAAAUUUCACCAGUCAGUCGCAGCUGUUCAUUUACACGUCUGCAUAGCUUGCAAUGUUUUGAUUCGUUGGACAGUGUUUUCCAAACAUCGAGAUAGUAACGCGCACAAACAAUGGACGUCAUAUGCGUAACAAGACACAAUACUGACUGGAAACAAAACGACAUUGUGAUCAAUUAUCUCACAUACGAUUCACCGGUAAAAUAUGUUUAUGGUUUAAUACGUGUAGCUAUCAUAGUUUGGUCGAUACAUGCAUUUCGAUGGGGCAUCACAAAUUGAGUAUAAAUAGAUGAGGUGUGCAGCCGAAAUGAAAUCAGUCAUCUAUUGUUCAAUGAGCGUGGAUUACAUUCGACCUACACUAACACAUUCAACAUUCAACAGUCAACAUGAGAGCUUCACUGUGUUUCUUUAUUAUCGCAGCCACAUUGUGCAUGACACACGCAUUUUUAUUCAACAAAUGCGGAUGUAGUUCGAGUGUUGCCACAUCUCCACCAGCAGUACCCAGUCCAUGUUCGUGCACUAGCCAGGCUGUUGUGCCCGCUCCACAGGUAUACAAAACACCAUUGCCAAUCCCAGCAGCUCCUUUGCCAAUUCCAGCAGCACCUCUACCCCUUCCUGGACCUAUAUUCCCUAUCGCACCAGCUCUACCAUCACCUAUCGUUACAAAACUUCCUUGCAAAUCGGCUUUUGGAAUCCCUAAAUGCACUGUGUGCGCUAACAUCCCUAGUUUCUUUGUAAAUAAAAUUUUGAAGUGGAAGUGCAAACUGAAUUGUGGAUGCGCAAAGUGUAAUCCAAAUGAAAUUGUCUACCUUAGCUAGGAUUGAAUUACACUACGACUGAUCCGACGAACUUAAGAAUAUUUCAUCGAUCUCAAUGUUUUCUUGAUUCUUUCAUUUCAUUUCAUUUCGACCUCUCUCCGACAAAAAGCCAAUCAAGAUAACAUCGAGAGGAAAACAUGUUGGGAAUGAAAUAUUCCACAUAUGCUGUGAAUUUGAUAUCAUUUUGUUUUUUUAAAUGAACACAUAAAAAUUGUACAAAUAAAAUUGUGAACUGUAAAACGAAAUUACCCAAACUA